CAUCACCCCCGAAUACCAUUAAAUGUACUUUUCGGCAACGGAUUUGUAAUCCAGAAAGAGGGAAAGGUUCGAUUCACUGGAGAUCUCGGGGAGAGAGAGAGAGAGACAGCGUGUUGAGGUUUCGAGCUUGAAUUCUUCGAGACUCCACGGAAUAGGUAUCUAUCUUCUCUCUCUCUCGUGGCGGAAAAAAAUUCCUUAUGGGAGAAGCAUUCUGAUCUGUGGGAAUGGGCCUAUAUCGCUGUUUAAAACAUCAUCCUCUUCUUGAGUUGUUGGAUCUAAUCAGUUACUUUGGCGACUGUAGAGUUUUUGGUAGAACAAAAAUAUGGUUUUUGGUACCAUAAUCUUUCUUGCUUUUUGCCCUGGGACCAUUUUAUAGCGUUGGGCAUUACAGAGAUAUCGAUCAGAUACAGAUUGGAAGACAUUAAUAUUUCAUAUAAGGUGGUUGAUUGAAUCUGGAUAAUUUCUGGCUAUGGCUGAAUGUGAGGUUGCUGCUCUAAGGGAAGCUCUCGACAACCAGUCUCUUGCUUUGAAAGAGCUUUAUGCGGAGCUAGAGGAGGAAAGGCAAGCUUCAACAUCUGGAACCAAUGAAGCUCUGUCCAUGAUUUUGCGUCUUCAGGAAGAGAAGGCUGUAGAGAAAAUGGAAGCAUGCCAAUACAAAAGAAUGGCUGAGGAGAAGCUACAGCAUGCUGAAGAGUCUUUGGAAAUUCUCAAAGAAGUCAUAUUUCAGAAAGAUAUAGAGAUUGCAUCCCUCAAAUAUCAAAUUAAUGCUUAUAGACGCAAGUUAGCAGGUAUUGGUGUCAAGAACCUUGAGGCUGGAGAAGUGGAAACAUUUGACUAUCCAUGUUUAAAAAGCAGUACUUCACUUUUGGACAAGGCAUGCUUUGAGCGUUCUGCUAAAAGGAACAUCUCUUUGCCUGCCGUUCACUUGGAAAAGUUGUGCUAUGGAAUUGAUAUUGCUGAUAAGGAUAAUUCUUUAUUUCCCACUGGGCAAUCAAUUUGUUGGGGAAGUGGUGACUACAUGAAGCAGCUCAGUGAUAAGGAGCACAAAUUGCAAGAGUUCUUUAAGGAGUCUGCAUGGGAGCCAGCAGAAACAAGCAGGAAACUAAAAGAAAAGGAGCGCAUAUCUGGAUAUGAUGAAUUUCAAAUAACCUCGGCCACAGAUUCCGUGAGACUGGGAGAGGAGUCCAGAUGUUCAUGGUACUUCGAUGUGAGUGGUGACACAUUACACAAUUCAAUAUCGGGUAUUGCAUUAAACGGUAAGGAUGCCUUGUCUUUACCAUCUCAAAUGAAAGAUGCAGAUAAAAUAUCUAAUUGUGACCACCUUAGCAGUUUUUAUUUGGAACCUGAAGCAGAUGGUCACGCAAUAAAUCCUAUCAAUCUGCAAGACAUACAUGAAGUCCCUGAAAGUAGUAACGGCUGCAAUCACAAAGAAUUACAAGAAUCUACUUUGGAAGCCAAGCAAACUACUGGAAUGCCCAAAUCAAUGCCACAAGAACCUGUGAACUUCUUAUCAGGAGACAAGGACUUGUUAAAGAAAGAAUGUACUUUCCAUGAAAACAAAUUUCUCAGACAACAGAAAGAGGCUUUUAUGAAUUAUCGUUUGAUUGGUGCAGAAUCUGGGAGUGAGAUUGUUUCGUCUCAAGCUGAUGUUGACCUGUUGAAGAAGCAGAUGCAGCAGCUUGAGGAUGAUGUAAGGAAUAUUAAGCAGGAAGAGUUUGAGAGAAACAAAGAACUGUGGAGGUUGUUGAGAGGGAUAAGCGAGCAGCUUGACACAAUACAAUCAGAAAUAAAUUCAAAGUCUAAGAAAUUCCCUCAACAGGAUGAGCCUUCAUCAGUGCAUCUUAUGGAGGCAAUGCUAUAUUUUUGGCUAUAGCCCCGUCAACCUGGUAACCUGCUGAAACUCAUCCUUCACUUGAAGUUCACUUUGUUGGUAUUAAUCUUUGUGUAAAUUAUAAGUUUUUGUGGAGUGCCUCCCUUUGUUUCCAGUAAUAGUUGCGACAGGAGUUACUGGUUGAUACCUGCCUUUCAAAAUGUAAACUUAUACCAUGGGUAGAUGACAAGAAAGAUUCAUUUGACCAUACUUGUAUAUAUGACAUAUACCAAUUUGGAAAUUGGUCAAAUAUUUCAAAUUUACUAUUUCUUGACCUUUUUUUAUGUCUUGCUAUGAUGAAUUGUAUUUGGUGGAGUUUUAUAAAUUCAACUGUAUCUUUUAUGGA